GGGGGUUUGGGAGGACUCAGGUGCUCAGGUUGGGAAAGUUGCCCGGGAAUCGAACGGCGGGCGAAGGUUGCGCCGGGGCAAUUUCCACGCAGGAAAACGCCGCGCUGGAUUUUGCUCCGCUUGCCUUCCCGGGAACGCCGAUCAAAGGCAGGCGCGGCGUGGGCGGACGGUGCACUUGAGCGUCCGAUUCGAGGCAGGGGAGAUGCUGCUGCUGCUGCUGCUGCUGAGGCUGCUGCCGCUUCCAGCGACGAGGAUCGCGGGUUCCGCCGCCUUGGCUGCCCCCGGCAACGGCGGAGGGAAGGACGGGAAGGGGAUCUGAAACUUUCCAGUGGGAUGCUGAAGGGAGCCGGGCUCCCCCCGCCGCCGCCGCCGCCGCCUUAAUCGCUCGCUUUCUUCCUCAGUCGCCCGGGCGCGCCUGGAGCCUGUUCCGCUGCCGGAGCUCGGCGCCCUCGGAUGCCGCCUUUCCAGCUACAUCUCUGCCGCCGGCGGGGAUUGUUGGCUCGGUUUUGCCCUCCGCCUGCAGGGGCGCGACCGUUCCCUCGCGCUGCCCGGUGGCGGCGAGGCUGAGGGGGCUCGGCCCGAGCGAAGAUCGCGGGCGGAGAAAGCCGCCCCCGCCGCCAGGGGAGGCUUUGGCCGCGGCUGCCGGUCCCCUCUCGCGGGAUUCCCUCCCUUUCUCGGAGGUGCGCGUCGUCCUUGGCCGUGGUUAUGAAACCCUCCGCGGGGAUCCCCUCCGAGUGAGCCCCUCCGGCCAAGUCGCGAGGACCCGCCUCGCCUCCUUCUCGCCUUCCCGCAGCCCCCCCCCCGCCCCCCUGCAAGAGCGUCCUCAGCCGUCCCGGCUCGCCAUGGGGCUGGAGGUCCCGCCGCCGAGCGUCCCUUCGAAGCCGCCGCUCGCCAAACUGAGGAAAGUUCGCAAGAGGCGGGAGAUGCUGCUGCAACAGCUGGGCUUCGUCUGCGGGAUCCUCUUUUUUGUUUGGUGCAUGGCCAAGCUAGGACAAGAGUCGGCUGUUGUCAACCAAAGUGUUCUGUCAGAAUUAUGGAGGAAUAGAAAAUUGAUGGCAUCACAUAAUGAGUCACACAAAAAGAACUGCACAGAGCCAGCGAUUCAUGAAUUUCCUCAGGAUUUUUUCAAAAACAAAGAAAGGCAGCAAGGAGCAGUAUUGCUUCAUAUUCUUGGUGCUCUGUAUAUGUUCUAUGCCUUGGCUAUUGUAUGCGAUGAUUUCUUUGUUCCAUCUUUAGAAAAAAUUUGUGAGAAACUACAUCUGAGUGAAGAUGUUGCAGGAGCCACAUUCAUGGCUGCUGGAAGUUCAACCCCCGAGUUAUUUGCAUCAGUCAUAGGUGUGUUUAUUACUCAUGGUGAUGUAGGAGUUGGAACCAUUGUUGGUUCUGCCGUUUUCAAUAUCCUCUGCAUUAUUGGUGUCUGUGGAAUCUUUGCUGGGCAGGUGGUCCGUCUCACUUGGUGGUCUGUGUGCAGGGAUUCUGCCUACUACACACUGUCUGUAAUAGUCCUUAUUGUGUUUAUAUAUGAUGAGAAAAUUGUAUGGUGGGAAAGCCUUAUACUCAUCAUUAUGUAUUCCUUCUAUAUACUUAUCAUGAAAUUCAACAUGAAGAUGCAGAAGUUCUUUACUAUCAAAAGUAUGAAUGUUGGUAAUGGCAACACUGUGAACAGUGAACUGGAAGAUGGUAAUAAAUAUUAUGACAUUAGCCGUGAUGAUCCAUCCAUUCCAUUGCUAUGGAAAGUGAAAGGAACACAAGAGCCUGGACGCAAUUCUGUGGUGAUGGUCGAUGAGAUUAUUUGUUCCAGUCCUCCGAAAUACCGUUUCCCUGAAGCUGGCUUGCGAAUAAUGAUUACCAAUAAAUUUGGGCCAAGAACCAGACUACGGAUGGCAAGCAGGUUAAUUAUUAAUGAGCGUCAGCGUCUAAUUCAUUCUUCCAAUGGCCAGUUGAUUCAGAAUGGAAGACAUGAGAAUAUUGAAAAUGGGGCCAUCCAUGCUGACAACCAAGAAGAAACAGAACACAUUUCCCAGUCUCCAUUUUCACCACCAGAAGGAAAAAUGGAAAAAGUUAAAUGGAUCCUGACCUGGCCACUGAUACUUCUCCUCUUUUUCACCAUCCCAAACUGCAGCAAGCCACGCUGGGAAAAAUUUUUCAUGGUGACAUUUCUCUUUUCCACAGUAUGGAUUGCUGUGUUUUCCUACUUUAUGGUGUGGAUGGUAACAGUGAUUGGUUACACUCUAGGGAUUCCUGAUGUUAUCAUGGGCAUUACUUUCCUAGCUGCAGGGACUAGUGUACCAGACUGCAUGGCCAGUUUAAUAGUAGCAAGACAAGGAUUAGGUGACAUGGCAGUGUCCAAUACAAUUGGAAGCAACGUGUUUGACAUUCUUGUGGGGCUUGGCGUUCCAUGGGGUUUACAGACUAUGGCAGUUCAUUAUGGCUCAUACGUUAAGAUAAACAGCAAAGGACUAGUUUAUUCUGUUGUGCUUCUCCUGGGAUCUGUAGCUCUUACCGUUGGCGGGAUCCACUUAAAUAAAUGGAAACUUGACAGGAAAUUGGGCAUCUAUGUGCUCACCCUCUAUGCCAUUUUCUUGUGUUUCUCGAUACUGAUAGAGUUUAAUGUCUUCACUUUUGUCAACUUCCCAAUGUGCCGAGAAGAUGACUGAGAAGUAAAGCCAAGAGAUGUCAUCUGUUUUGCUUUAAGUGUCAGGAGACAUUUUACUUCAACUCCAAAACUCAAUGUCUCUCCUGCUUCAUCAACGUAGAAGCAAUUUACCUGGGAGGAAAAGACAUAUUUCUUUGACAACACACAAGCUCAAGACUACUAAAGCUUUGUCAUCUGUUCUUCCUCCUCCUCUUUCUUCAUCAGGUACCCUCAUUCAGCUGUGCUUCCUGCAGCUCAGUAUGAGGUUUUAAAGGAUGGUGCCCUGUUUCAGAUUCCAUUCUGGUUUGAGCAUCAUCAAUAUCAAACUGACAUCACGUCUGCCAUGGAAACACAUUUUCCAUUUGAUGGCAUGUGGGUCUUCAAAGAAGAGGAAAAAAGAGUAGAUUCAAGAUUCUACCUUGGCUCAUUUCGAGGAUCUCAGCUCUGGGCUAUCAUGUGCUUACAUGCUUAUAUGCAUGAAAAACCUUGGUUUUCCUUCUUUAAAUGCUCUAUUUAUACAGAAGUUUCAACAAUGCUGAGGAGAUCAUCCUCAAUAGUAAUUUAUCAUCUUUUAAAAAUGUUUUUGAAAGAUACAACAAUUUUACUAAGAAAAAGAUGGAAAAUGAUAAUACAAUACUAUGAUAAUGUAAUUCUAAAAAUCUUGGAACUUAAACUAUGGCAACCUGGAUAAAUAUCUGUGCUUGAAAAAGAUCAAAUUGUUCUACAGUCAAUGAAGAACAAUGGAUAAUAUCUAGAAUAAAUGCAUAUGAAUAUUAAGUUGACAAGUUAGAAAAUUGCACCAGCACCAGUGUGCAUAUUCUAAUCUUAGAGGAAAAUGGAAAACCUUGGGUGCUCAAUAAUUGAUUGUGAUGUUAAUGAUCUGGGGGGAAAGUGUAUAAUUGAGAUGCCUUCCAACUCUUAAAUGAACUAUGAAAUUGAAAGUAUCUAUAUCUAUCUAUCUAUCUAUCUAUCUAUCUAUCUAUCUAUCUAUCUAUCUGCUUGCGUGCAUAUGUGCACACACACCAAACAAUAAUUGUACAAUCCCCAGUUUUAUCUUGUUUUAAAAUCAGAAAGGUGGAUUGCAUGAAAACUGGCCAGCAGAAUAUGGGAAAAAAGUCUGCUAGCGUUUGGAAACCCAGUACCUGCAUGUACAUUGAGAUAAUUAUAGAACAUGGUUCAAUGUGCACAGAUGUUCUUCGGAGGUGUGUGAGUGAGAUGUUAUUCAAUGCAAAUGCUUAAAUUAUUUCAGAAGAUUGAUUUCAGAAUGAUUCAGACACCUAAAUCAAUUCAAAUAGAGCCUCCAAUAGGAAUGGACUCUAUUAGGACCAAUUCAGGCCUUAAGGUGCAUGUGCACAUGUAAGGAAAAUUUCCAAUUAAUGUGAAUUGAUUUAGAUGUAUUUUAUUUAUGUUCCUUCAAUUCACUGAGUUAAUCUAAUGCUUUGAAUCAGUGUGGUUGAUUCAAAGCACUGAGUAUUUGCACAGAUCAUUUCCUUCAUAACUUACUUGAAUCCCCUUUGAUCAAAAGCUCAGUCUCUCAUCAAGCCUUGACAAUCUUGAGUCAGCUGAUCCUGGGAACUCUUACGUAUUUCACUAUUUGUCCAGUAAAAUGUUUGAGACAAAACUAAUUAGAUUUGAAAGUUUUCACUUUAAGCAAUCUAUAACUGCAUGGAAAAAAACAAAAAAAAAUCAGAAUAACUACAAGAAUGCAAUAACAGUCAUUGCCAUUACAUUAUCUCUGAGCUAGCUUCUUAGUUCGCUAGAGUCAUAAUCUGUUUUUCCCCAUAUCGCUAGUGACUCUCACAAAUAAAAUAUAUUUGGAUAUUUAUGAGUAUAAUGGAAAGGAAAUCACAGUCUAUAAAAUAUAAAUUUCAGAAGAUUUGGGAUAUUAACGCAGCAGGGAGACAGGAUAAAUCUCAUUUCUCUUUUUAUGCUUCUCUUGUAUAAAACCUGACACAGGACAUGAGCUUUCCCAAGAUUUACCUACUGCCUCAAUUUGUGAGCUUCAUGAGAAAUACCGAAAGAUGAAAUGGAAAUUACAGACAUGUCUUAUUGUCAAUUCUAAGUCAAUGAAGAUUCCAUUUCAUUCAUCACUAACAUUACCACUUUUCAAAUGUUAUUAAAAUGCUGAAGAAUGCAGAGAUUUCUAGAAGCACAGGUUACCUUUGUACAUAAUUUAUUUUUUUAAUCUUCUUUGCUAUGUAAAAUAUAUUGAAUGGCUGAAGAAUAUGAAUUUCAAACCAUAUUAAAUCUAUUUUUGCAUGCAUAAGCAUUAGGCAAAGUUCCAAAGAGCAGAGUAUUGCACUUCUGUCAGAAAGAAAUACAUUUUUUCACAAGGAAUUUAAAAAUGGGUAUAAUCACUUACGAUUUAUUGAGGAUGGGACAGAUACUCCAACAGAUUAACAAUAUCUCUAUUCACAAAUCAUGAUGUUCCCAGUAUAAGAGUCCCUAAGCACCCAACUCAAGCUGGUACAGUUUAAUAUUUCUCCCAGAGGUCAAAUUUUAUUUUAUCCCAUGCUGCCUAAUUCACACACUAAACCAUUUGAAUAUUUAAAUCACAAUUAAGUAUUUGAAUAUUUAAAUCACAAACAUUUGGAUUCAUGCAACAUGUUAGACUAUAAACUAAGGUCGUAAACUAAGGUUUACAAUUCCCGGUGGUUGAAUUUACACUAAGCCAAAACCAUACAAAUUCACAUAACAAUAUAAGGUAAUGAAGCCAAUCUCAAUGUGAUCUCAAUAUCAUGAGUUCACAGUAACCACAGGAAUACUUCUCAAAAAGGGAGAAUAUGAGAGAGAAAAAAAGCCUUGCCCUUAAAUAUCUUCCUCCCUGACAAAAUGCAGAUAAAUAUAGUAGUAGGCGUCUAAGAGAAAGUUACAUAUAGAUAUAACCCGUAGUCUGUUGUCUGCUGCACUCAGCAUAAAUGAGUCAUGAAAUUCAAUUGAUUUAACCUCAAACAGAAGAAUUCUCAAGGGAAUCCAAUCUCAGGGUUAUUUCACAUGACAUAUGGCGUGCUUGCAGCAGUAGCAAAAAACCCAGUCUUCCAUAAGGUGAAAUGUAUGAAGAUCAUGUUUCCAUAUGCAUAGCUUCAGCCUAUGAUAAUAUUUCUAUAUAUCUGGCUAUCACGGUCACGUGCUUAGGGUAAACCUAACAAUACACAGUGUGAAAUUGCUCAAAAUUUAGUUGCAAAAUGGUCAGAUGCUUUAUAAUCAAAUUUGUGCAUGUAUGUCUGAAGCAGAUCAGAGGCAUUUACAUAUCUGUACAAGUAUUGGGAGAGAGGUUCAAAGGCAUUUCUUACCCUUUGAGUUAUUUCCUCCCAUUCUUCUAUAGAUGUUAUGCAUUCAAAUUAGUUUAGGUUUAGUUUAGUUUAGUUUAGUUUGGAUUUAUAUACCGCCCUACUCCCGAAGGACUCAGGGCGGUGAACAGCCAAAGAUAAAACACAUAUAGUAUAAAAUUUAAAAAACAAUUUAAAACACAUUAAAUAAAUUUGCCCUAUACUGAUUAAAACACCCCUGUUUUUUAAAAAAAAACAAAUUAAAAUUAAACAAUUAAAAGGAAUUACCCAGAGUCAUAGUUCAUUUACAAAAUAAAAUUCUUCACACAACAUUUAUGAUAUUUAAAAAAUGUUGUGUAAAUAAGAUUAUUUUGCAAAAAAAUUGCUGUCAAUUGAUAUAAAGCAUUCACCACUUGUUCUGAAUAGGAUGCAAAUGCAAAGGGAGAAAUUCUGAAUCUUCUUUUACUCUCUAUAAUUAAUAUCAGUAUUGAUAGGGAUAGCAACUGAAACCCACAGAUCAGCUUUAGUAUAGUAAUAGGUGUCUGAAGAAUUUCUUUCUUCCUAGGGUUGGCACAAGCAAGGUAGAAAUGACAUACUUUGCCCUUUAUGUCUGGAAAAAUAACAGGCAAGGAUUCCCCCCCCCCAAGAGCCAAUAAAUAACCAUUUACAUCUGGUUUAAGUGAAUACAACCCUGUCUGAUAUGAAGUAAGCAACUUCUUUUUUAAAAAAAAUCUGUAAAUAUAAUUCCUUUUACUAGGAAAAGCAUUGUUGAGCAUUUUUCAUUAUCAGCACUUUAAUCUGGUAUUUUCAGCAUUUUACACAAGGGGACAGCAGUCUUCCUGAACAGAAUGUAUAAGCAUUUGGAUACUUAUACUGCACUAUAUAUGAAGUAAUAGAUCUGACUAUAAUACCUCUGUCUCUUUCUUUGAUUGGAUAAACUAUUAUAAACACUGUAUGUAAUGCCCCAAAUAUUCCUUAUUCGCAAAAUUGAGGUUUUGCAUAAUAGCAUCAGAGGAAACGUCUAAACAAUGUUUAACCUUGAGUAACUAACUUUCUGUUUCAUGUUUUCUGUGAAAGCCAUAACAAGAUUGAAUAGUGACAACAAGAUGUGUAAUAUUCUUGUGCAGUUCUCUCAUGGGGGGAGGGGGAGGCUUGCCCGCUUCUUUCUUCUUGGAUUUCAUAGCCUAAUAAUACCCUAGCAAGCUACAAAUUCUACACAUAAAUCUAACUAGUUGUGGCAAAAUGACACAGAAAUUGCACUUUAAGAAAUCUUAGUUUACAGAAUAACAGAGUUAGAAGGGACCUUGGAGAUCUUCUAGGCCAAUCCCCUGUUCGACUCUAUACCAUUUCAUUCAAAUGGCUGUCCAAUCUGUCCUUAAAAGACUCAGUGAUGAAGCACCCACAACUUCUGAAGGCAAGCCAUUCCAUUGGUUAAUUAUUCUCACUGUUAGAAAAUGUCUCCAUAGUUCUAGUCUGGAUUACAAAACUUUAUUGCCCACAGAUGUUAAUUUAUACCUGGUCUGUUAUAUUACUGAUUCCUUUUAGACACAUAGCAAUACAGUUAGCUUAAUCCUAGGUGAUUAUAUUUGCCAUAUCUGUAAACAUAAAACCAUUGAGGUGAGUUACGCUCACCUGUCUGCUUGACACAGAGUAUCUUGAACUAAGGCAUAUCCAGGAGUCAGCUGUUCAGCCUCUGCUUCAAGAUCUCCAGCAAGAACUAUAGAGUUCUCCAGCCUUCUAAAUAAUCGAUUCAGUUGCCAAACUACUUUCAUUCUCAAUAUCCCCCGCAAUACAUUUUAUUCCUCCUUCACACAUGCAUAUGAUUUGCCAAAUUGAAAAUAUAUAUGACAGUGAAGAAAAGUACAUAUGGUAAUUUUCUUUUUUAGUUCUCAGAAUAAAUUAUGUGAUUACAAACAAUCCAUAUGAUUAAGACCAUUGUGAGUUUUUGGGAACACCAAGUAUACCCAUAUUUUUAAAAUAGUUUGUCAAGUUGGUCUCAAAUUCUUGCUUUGCAUUUUUUAUGCAAUUAGUGAUCUAAAAAUGAAAUUAAUAUAUAUUGACUUUUUUUCCUGUCAACACAAUGUAAUACCAAGAAUUUUGCUGCACUUUCUCUCACAAACCAGAAAGAACUUCUUUUACUUGCAAUAAAGACAAACUCAUCACUGGAUGAACUUAUUACAAAAAGCUCACUGUUCAGUGAAACCAAAUUCAUUUCACCAUAUUAUUAAUUAAAUUAUGGCCCUCUUACAAUAGCACAGAUUUAAGAUAUUUUCAUUCCUCUCAUCCUUGUGGACAGUUUUCUAAAACAGAUAUGCUUGUGCUUAUAUAUUCCUGUUAUUAUUGUCUCCAGUAAAUAGAAUGUUGUUUGUUUGUUUGUUUUUCCUUUCUAUAAUUUUCUUUCAGAAAUGUAUAUCUUUUCAUAUUGGUUUCAAGGCAGUUAUUGGAGAGUAUGAAUAGACACAUUAAGAAGCAAUUUGAAUAGAAUCAAAAUGGGGCAAAAUAAAAAUCUGUGCACUAAGGAAGUGCACUCAAGCCACUUCAAUUCUCUCUAAAAUACCUCACCUACCAGUAUGUUUCCACCCUCAGCUAUUUCAAAAUAAUCAACAAAGCAGAAUGUUUUGUGCUGUUAUUUUUUGUUGAAAAUUGCUGCUAAAAGCCUGACUCUUUUGUUUGGAAAUUGUUCUCAUAUUCUAAGAAUAUCAUAUUUGGACAAGUACUGCAAGACGAGGCUUUGCUUUUGCUUUUGCAGUUGUGUUUCUUUUCCUGACUUGUAAUGAUUUGCCUUCUGAUCCUGGAAUUCAAGUCAGCUUGGAAGAGAGUUGGUCCACUUAUCAUUUGAUCAGUUUUUCCCACUUCUUUAUCAUAUGUUGUCAUACCCUGUUUCUUUUUAUAUUAUUUCUAAUAUUGAUGAUAAAAUCCAUGCAACAACUUAAUCUUGAUUUUAUUUAUGAUUUGAGUUCUGCUUUGCUUUGCUUCUUGAAGAACAAUUCAUAGUGAGUAAUAAAAUGCAAACAACCAAACAACUAAAAACAAAAUAUAAUUUAAAGCUUCAGGGGGGAAGAUGUGUGUCCUUGUUCAGUGGAUUUUAAAACACAAAGUUAUGAAAAGAAGAUUUCCAUUUAUAUAUUUUUAAAAAUCAUUUUGAUACUGACUGUGCUUCAGAAAGUUGUAUUUAUUUUACCAAAAUCCACCAAUUGUGAAUAUUACAAUUGGCACUUGUCUUUGCUGCUUCUUUUAAUGUUCAGUUACCUGUCAUUUUUCAAUGCAAUGAAGAUAUUAGAUUUCUGUAGACCUUUGGAUUAGUAUUUAAUUAUAAAUACUGUCUUAAGUGUUUAUAUUAAUUCAAGAAAUACUUUUAAGCAGAAGAUGAAUGUUUGUACCCAUGUGAACCAAAGACUUACCCUAUUAAAAUUACAGCACCUUAAAAUUUAAAUUGCAGAGGGCUUCCUUUGCUACUUCAUUUCCAAACUAUCUCAAACUGUGUGAUUUCUGUAUUUAAAGAUGAUAGAGUUUGUGCAGCGUGAACCUUAGUAAAAUAGUGAAUUGUAUACAGACAUACUGUAAAUCAUCUUAGGCUCUCAUAAUCCACAGAGUUAGCUAUUUUGAAUUCAAUUGUUUUAUCUGGUUUAAAUUUAAAUCUAGAUAAUAACUGACAAUAUAAAAGCAAAAUAGUUUCAGCUCUGCUGUUUGUGCCAUUUAACUUCAACCGAGCCAAAAAAAAAAAAAAAAAGGAGGAGGUGGGAAACAAGAUCUAAAUUACUGAUCUAUAAAAAUCUAGCAAGAGAAUAAUAUAUGCAGCUCAGUUGUCCUAAAAAUCUCUGUUUAGGUAGUUGCAUGAAAUCUCUUAUUACCACCUUCAGAACUUCUAAAUAGCAUGGAUGAACUUCGUGCUAUCAGAAGAUCCUUAAUAUAUUGACAAAUCCAACAAUGAAUCUCAACACAUUUUCAGAUAUGUGGAAUUGGGAGGGGAAGGAUGGCAGAUGGUAGAAGGGAAUUGCAGAGUGUGAGAAGGGCCCUAAUAUGCCGUGAACAAAGAGUGUUAAAUAAUAAAGUAAUAAAUCUUAAACUUUUUCCCCCAAGUCAUUUGAAAAAUCACUAGUUGUCUUAGUAGAUUUAUUCUGUACUGAGGAAAAUAUUAUAUUCUCUGCAUUUUGAACAGCUGCCUGCCAAUGGCAGGUACUAAGAAAGCCCCCCUUUACGUGAGAUAAAUAACUCAGGAUAAAUAACUAUUCUGUUCCAGUUUGGGGUUUAGGAUUGAACUUGAUAACAAACUCAGUUUCUGUCAUCAGAAAAUUAGGAGGGGAAUUAUUUACAUAUAUUCGUAUCUAAUCAAAACCCUUUCUGCAAACCUGAAUGGAAACUGGAUAAGCUGUAAUUCUAAGACCAUCAUUGUUAAAAGAAUAAUUCUAACACCUUGAGAACCUCUGACUUGAAGGACAGCCUAAUUUUCCUGCAGCUGCACAUCGGAUGGAAAAUAGAUUGGUAAUAGAGAACCAACAUUUCUCAGGGAAGCUUGCACUGUAUAUUCUUUCCAAUCUUUUAAUUUGCUCUUCUGAAACUUAACAUCAAAUGAACUUCUGAAGAAUCCUUGCUUUUGAGGAAGAUUGUUUAAAAACCACAGCCUGAGAACAAAGAUAUCACAAGACUGAAGGUUUUCAUCAAACAGACAAAGGCAGCAUUGCACCGUUGGGACACAAUGUGCCAGCCUUUUCAUAAGUGUGGGUAGCUUUCCAACAUAUAUGGAAGAGGGGCAGAACUUGCGUGACAACCACACAACACUGCUUUUGUCAUUUUCCUCAAGCCCCAAGCACUAGUAAAUGGAAGCAAGGCCUUUGGGGUUUAAGUAUAUUAACACAGCAGAUGAUUCUCUUUCUUUUUUGUGCUUUACAUUGUCUUUGUGAUGCAUGACAUAUUCCUUCCUCCCCCAGCCAUUGCUGUCCUGAAAUUCAGAGCACUUUAAGCAAACAAUAGUAAUUAUUGGUCUCUCUUUGUCCCCGAGACUAAUUUCCCCCCAAAGAAUAUUGCAAUUCUGUUAACCCAACAUUAGUAGCCUAGAAUUGUGGUGAAAUCUAAAAAUAUUAGUAGAGCCAUAUCCUCCAAAGAAGACAAAGCUCUUUUAGGGAAUGAAUUGCUGCUAUUGUUGUUAUUUACAGCAGGAAUAUAAUUCGUAUUUAUCAAAUGUGUAUAAAAUUGUAAAAAAAAAAAAAUGCAGUUCCUCAGAAAACAACAGUUUUCUUCCUAGAAACGUCUCCAUAAAAGUCUCUUUGUUGGGGGAAGAGAAAUCGGAGACGUUCACAAGCACAGAAUGAUUCCUGAUUCAGAGAGGUUUUAUUUAUUUAUCAAAUUUGGAUUCCACAUCCAUCUCACUCUCAAGUGAGCAUUUGUAGCCUGUUCAUCCCAGUCUGGGGGAUGAUGAUCCUACUUCUCCUGAAAAAAAUGAUGAGGCGCUUUUUAUAGUGCUGCUGGGAGAAUAGAAAGGAUAACUUUGUAAAUUGAAUUACAGAAAUAUAAUUAUUAUUUAUUUUUUCAAUGACUGUGACCUUAUGCACUGUGAAUGCUUUUGUGAUAUGGGGUUCUUUGUACAGAUCUAUAUGUCAUACUGAAAAAUUGAAAUGUGAUAAUUUAUUAGACAAUAUUGGCAUGAAUAUUGAUUAUUUUUAUUGUGAAAAGAAGGGACAGAACCCAGUAGUUACUGUAAACAGAAGAUUUAUAUUUAAGAUAAUAAACCUAGCAGUCAGUAUUGCCAGGAGAAAGAAAAAGAGAUACAUACAUACUUAUGUACACAGUUAAUAAAACGUAUAAAAACAACAGGAAA